AAAGAAGAAGAAGAAGAAGAAGCCUAGGCUCUCGCAUUAUAGUACUCCCAAUUCAAAACCUCUAUAUAAUCCCGUGCUCCUCUCUCCAACACUUUCAAACCCUCACAUUCUCUGCUCAACUGCGACCCCUCCAAAAUCAACACUCUGAAUUUUCAUUCAUUGCCGACCUGGAAGGUUCUCGUCGAUGGAAGGGAACGGCAUCGUCGCCAGCGUGAUAAGGAGCGGCUCGGCGUGGCGGAGCACCAGCGCCCGCAGCGAUGUGUUCUCUCGGUCGUCGAGGGACGAGGACGACGAGGAGGCCCUCAAGUGGGCAGCUCUUGAGAAGCUGCCCACGUACGACCGAGUUCGGAAGGGGAUCCUCACAGGGUCGACGGGCCAAGGGAGGGAGAUCGACGUCGGGGAGCUGGGUGUCGGGGAGAAGAAGAAGCUCAUGGAGAGGCUCGUCCGGGUUGCCGAGGAGGAUAACGAGAGGUUCCUGCUCAAGCUCAAGAAUCGAUUGGACAGGGUUGGGAUCGAGAACCCAACGAUCGAGGUGAGGUUCGAGAACUUGGACAUCGGGGCAGAAGCUUAUGUUGGAGACAGAGGAGUUCCUAACGCGCUCAAUUUCUUCACGAACAACAUCGAGGGGCUGCUUAAUACUCUGCAUGUUCUUCCGAGUCGAAAGAGGCCGAUAGCGAUCCUGCACGGCAUCAGCGGAAUCAUCAAGCCCGGCAGGAUGACCUUGCUUUUAGGGCCUCCUGGCUCUGGAAAGACUACUCUGCUUCUGGCUUUGGCGGGAAAACUGAAUCCAGACCUGAACGUUUCUGGGAGAGUUACUUACAAUGGGCAUGGGAUGAACGAGUUCGUGCCUCAGAGGACGUCGGCUUACAUAAGUCAGCACGACCUGCACAUCGGAGAGAUGACCGUCAGAGAGACUUUGGCUUUCUCCGCCAAAUGUCAGGGGGUCGGGACUCGCUACGAAAUGUUGACUGAGCUGUCGAGGAGGGAAAAAGCGGCAAAUAUCAAGCCAGACCCUGAUAUCGAUAUGUUCAUGAAGGCUACUUCGCUGGAAGGACAGGAAAUUGUAGUCACAGACUACAUUCUGAAGAUCUUAGGAUUGGACAUUUGUGCUGAUACCAUGGUGGGAAAUAGCAUGCUGAGGGGUAUCUCUGGAGGGCAAAAGAAGAGAGUAACAACAGGUAGAAUAAUCGAAGCAAAUAACAAUUUCUCAGUAUUUCUUUCAAGUAUUUGCUCGUCUAAAUAUAAAAAUACCUAUUUCAUAGGUGAAAUGCUUGUUGGCCCAUCACGAGCACUCUUCAUGGAUGAGAUAUCCACAGGGCUUGACAGCUCCACCACGUACCAAAUUGUGAACUCUCUAAGACAAUCUGUUCACAUCCUCGGAGGCACUGCUCUUAUAGCUUUGCUUCAGCCAGCUCCGGAGACCUAUGACCUCUUUGACGACAUAGUUCUCCUUGCAGAAGGUCAUGUUGUGUAUCAGGGUCCUCGUGAACAUAUUGUUGAAUUCUUUGAAUCGAUGGGCUUCAAAUGCCCGGAGAGGAAAGGUGUCGCUGACUUCUUGCAGGAAGUGACAUCAAGGAAAGAUCAACAACAAUAUUGGGCACGCAGAGACGAGCCAUACCAUUUUAUCCCAGUCAAGGAGUUUGCAGAUGCGUUCCUUUCUUUCCACGUUGGCCAAAGAUUGGCAGAAGAACUCAACACCCCAUUUGACAAGAGCAAGAACCACCCUGCCGCUUUAACAACUUCGAGAUAUGGUACCAGCAAGAGGGAUAUUUUCAAAGCAUGCUUCUCAAGGGAGUAUUUGCUGCUGAGAAGGAACUCAUUUGUUUACUUCUUCAAACUGUUCCAGAUUGUAAUGAUUUCAUUUGUUGCGAUGACGGUCUUCUUGCGUACAAAGAUGCACCAUGACGAUGUCAAUGAUGGACUUAUCUAUCUUGGUGCAUUGUUCAUUGGUCUUAUGACUCAUCUUUUCAAUGGACUUGCUGAGAUAGCAAUGAGCAUUGCAAAGCUUCCAGUUUUCUACAAGCAGAGAGAUCUUCUCUUCUUUCCAGCAUGGGCAUAUGCACUACCUACUUGGCUCCUGAAAAUCCCAAUAUCAUUUAUUGAAUGUGGCGUCUAUGCUGCCUUGACUUAUUAUGUUAUCGGCUUUGACCCAAGUGUCAAUAGAUUUUUCAGGCAAUUCUUCCUGUUUGCAUUGAUUAGUCAGAUGGCUUCUGGACUCUUCAGGGUUGUUGCGUCGGUCGGAAGAACAAUGAUUGUUGCAAACACAUAUGGUGCAUUUGUUCAGCUGGUCCUUAUUGUACUUGGUGGCUUCGUUAUAUCACGAAAGAACAUCAAAAAAUGGUGGAUCUGGGGUUACUGGGCAUCACCCUUGAUGUAUGCACAAAACUCCAUAGCAGUGAAUGAGUUUCUGGGAAAGAAAUGGGAUCGUGUGGUCAAUACAACGGCAAGUAACCAAACAUUGGGAGCCCAAAUCAUAGAGUCCCGUGGUUUGUUUGCAGAAGCAAAUUGGUAUUGGAUUGGUGCCGGUGCUUUGAUUGGAUACAUUCUGGGCUUUAAUGUCCUCUACACAGCUGCUCUUACUUAUCUCAACCCCAUUGGAGAAAGCCAAGCAGUAAUGUCUGAGGAGACUUUGGAGGAGAAAGUCGCUAACAGAACAGGAGAACAGUCAUCCCGUGGAAACAACAAUAGAUCAGAAAGUACAACUGGUGGAGCAAGGACAGAAAUAGAAAGUGAUCAAGAUCAAAACAAGAAGAAAGGAAUGGUUCUCCCAUUUGCACCCCUCUCAAUAACUUUCGAUAACGUCAGAUACUCAGUGGACAUGCCAGCGGAAAUGAAAACUCAAGGUGUUCCUGAGGACAGAUUAAUGCUAUUGAAGGGCAUAAGUGGCGCUUUCAGGCCCGGAGUUCUUACUGCACUGAUGGGAGUCAGUGGAGCUGGUAAGACAACACUGAUGGAUGUCUUGGCUGGAAGGAAGACCGGGGGUUAUAUAGAGGGGGACAUUAGUAUAUCUGGAUACCGAAAGAAUCAAGAAACUUUUGCUCGGAUAUCAGGAUACUGUGAACAGAAUGACAUACACUCACCUCAUGUUACAGUCUAUGAGUCACUCGUCUACUCUGCAUGGCUUCGAUUACCUAGUGAAGUCGAUUCUAAAACAGGAAAGAUGUUCAUUGAGGAGGUUAUGGAACUGGUUGAAUUGACUCCCCUGAAGGAUGCAUUAGUUGGAUUGCCCGGUGUGAGUGGGUUGUCAACUGAACAACGUAAGCGUCUCACAAUUGCCGUGGAGCUUGUUGCCAACCCUUCGAUAAUUUUUAUGGACGAGCCGACCUCUGGACUUGAUGCCAGGGCAGCAGCCAUUGUGAUGAGAACAGUGAGGAACACAGUCGAUACAGGAAGAACAGUUGUGUGCACGAUUCACCAACCUAGCAUCGACAUUUUUGAAGCAUUUGAUGAGCUCUUCCUCAUGAAAAGAGGUGGAGAAGAGAUUUAUGUAGGACCACUCGGGCACAACUCAUGUGAUCUAAUCAGUUAUUUUGAGUCCGUCAAUGGAGUUAGCAAGAUUAAAGACGGAUACAAUCCUGCAACAUGGAUGUUGGAGGUCACUACCGCGGCACAAGAAGAAAUUUUGGGAGUCAAUUUCACUGAAGUGUACAAAAACUCAGAUUUAUUCAGAAGGAACAAGGCUUUGAUUAGUGAAUUGAGCAAUCCUCCACCUGGUUCAAAGGAUCUAUAUUUCCCCACAAAAUUUUCACAAUCCUUCUUCAUGCAAUGCAUCGCUUGUUUCUGGAAACAGUAUAAAUCUUAUUGGCGCAAUCCAUCAUACACUGCAAUCAGGAUGUUCUUCACAACAAUAAUUGCGUUUAUAUUUGGGACAAUCUUCUGGAAACUUGGAUCCAAGACGAGCAAAAAGCAGGAUCUCUUCAAUGCCUUGGGUUCAAUAUAUUCUGCGGUUAUGUUCAUCGGGGUACAGAAUUCUCAGACCGUACAGCCGAUUGUCGAUGUUGAGCGAACGGUGUUCUAUCGAGAAAAGGCUGCAGGAAUGUACUCACCAAUACCAUAUGCAUUUGCACAGGUCGCCGUUGAGAUUCCAUAUGCUCUCUUCCAGGCUGUACUCUAUUGUGUCCUAGUCUAUGCAAUGAUAGACUUUGACUGGACUGCGACCAAAUUCUUGUGGUAUACAUUCUUCACAUUCUGGACUUUCCUAUACUUCACCUACUAUGGGAUGAUGGCGGUUGCUCUUACCCCUAACUCGGACAUCGCUGCAAUUGUCGCCGCUGCAUUCUAUUCUAUAUGGAAUCUCUUUGCAGGCUUCAUUGUUCCUCGACCUAGGAUACCAGUAUGGUGGAGAUGGUACUUCUGGGCAUGCCCAGUUUCCUGGACUUUAUAUGGCCUGUGUGCUUCACAAUAUGGAGACGUUACCACCAAACUAGAUAACGGACAAACAGUGAAGGAAUUUCUUGAGAGUUAUUUCGGAUACAAGCACGACUUCUUGGGUGAGGUUAGCGCUGCAGUCAUCGCAUUUCCAGUGCUCUUUGCCCUUGUGUUUGCAUUGGGUAUCAAAUUUUUGAACUUCCAAAGGAGAUGA